CACUCUUGCUCUUCAAACUUUGAAUUUUGCAAAAACUCUUUGUGAAUUAGCGAAGUAGAUCAUAACUACCAAUUGGUACCUCAUUGCAUCACUCAUUAUGGGCAAAUUCUCACGCCAACGCGCCAGGAAGGAAGCCAGGACGAAGCUUGGCAAAGCACGACCCCUCGAGACUUUCUUCUCUUCCUAUACCGAUUUUGCAUUUAAUUCAGAAGCUCCCUCUGCAUUGGAGUUUCAGCGUCUUCGCAGAGAGCAAAGGUGGAAACGUGGUGAUGCAGUUGGAGAAGCAGCGUGGCAGGACUUCCGCUCAGCGCUGGUCUUAGAGUUCAAUGCCAGAUUUGGAACGGAGUCAAAGGAUUUGCUCGCUUGGCAGACACUUUGUGCAAUAGUUGGCAUAGAAAAAGUGAAUGAGAUAGCCGAUUGUGAGGCAUGUGAGAAGCUUUUGAAAAGCCGGCUUUUCAAUCUCGUUGAUGUAGUCGACGCACACCGUCGCGGUAAAGGCGAGGUUGUACAAACCUUUGCCAGCGUGGAAGCUCUUGAAGAACACACGAAGAAAGCAGCGGCAUUCUUCCCACGAUAUCAUGUGGCAGCCGGAAGUCUGUUAAAGCGUGUCUUGCGAAAACCUUUCUAGCAUAGAAAGCUUCUAUACAAUAAAGGGGUAAACAUUACGUACAACCUAGGGCAGAGGCACAAACAGAGGGAAGAGGAAGCUUUGGCACAAUUGAAUUUUGGAAUGGAACCUGCACUUAGGCAAGUAGAGACACCUUGGAUCCCAUUUUUCUGACUCCUAUAGCAGGUGGUAAGGGAGGAAGCGAGGGACGAACGAGCUUUAUGGAACGAGAAGGUUUUGUAAGCGUUAAGAUUUGGGCGUUAUGACGUACUUACGUAGUGACUGCGCCAUGCUAAUCCGUCCUUUUCACAACUGUGGCUAGUCGGAGCGGCAGUGCGAUGGACGUGAUGUAUAACGACUUUAGAUAACUAGCAUCUACGAUUUCAAACUGCAAUGACGCUUACUACUAGACUCGAUACGGCAAAAGUUUUGACAAGGGCUUAGGGGCCGCGGCGGGCUAAAUUGGUAGUGUGUAAAGCCCGA